AUGUGCGGACCGCACAACAGCCACCUUAAUCAGGUAGAGCAACGCCUGAACGUAACUAUCAGCAACCGAGGCGGACAGUUUUCUAUUGGCGGCGCUGCGAGCAAAACUGCCGCUAGCGUGCUCAAAGCAAUGUAUGAAAAGACCGCAAGCGCCUAUCAGUAUUCAAACCCGCGCGGCAACAUCACUGGUCGCGGCCCCAACCAGCAGACUUACCUUAAGAACAUUUUCAGCAGCGACGUCACCUUCGGCAUUGGACCUGCAGGCACCGGCAAGACCUUCCUGGCUGUUGCCAGCGCGGUUGAGGCGCUGGAGCAACAACAGGUGUCAAGGCUGGUGCUGGUGCGUCCGGCGGUUGAGGCGGGAGAAAGGCUGGGAUUCCUACCGGGAGAUUUGGCCCAGAAAGUAGACCCCUAUCUGAGGCCAUUGUUUGACGCACUGUAUGAAAUGGUAGGUUUUGACCGAGUCGAGAAGCUCAUAGAACGCAACGUCAUUGAAGUGGCUCCUCUGGCUUUCAUGCGAGGGCGCACCCUCAACGAUGCGUUCAUCAUUCUUGAUGAAGCGCAAAACACCUCGGUGGAACAAAUGAAAAUGUUCCUGACUCGAAUGGGCUUCGGAUCACGGGCGGUGGUUACCGGCGACGUUACUCAGGUAGAUCUACCGCGACAUCAGACGUCAGGCCUGGCCAACGUAAUCGAGGUGCUGGAUAACGUUGCCGGAGUGAGCUUUACCUUUUUCAAGUCUAAAGACGUGGUGCGACAUGCACUAGUGCAACGAAUUGUAGAUGCGUACCAGGAAAUAGCUGACAGCGAUGGCAAAGACUGA